AUGGAGUUAGUGACGAUCGCGUUGUUUCCCCGCUUUUUCUUGUCACUGGCUCUGACUACACAGACACAGCACCAAGUAUUGAAUAUUAUUAUAUUUAUUAUAUGUAAUUUAAAAAUUUAUCUAUCUAUCUAUCUAUCUAUCUAUCUAUCUAUCUAUCUAUCUAUCUAUCUGUGUGUGACUAUUAUUUUUCUCUUUUUAUUUGUUUGUUUGCUUCUCUGUUUUCAUAUUCUGUUUCUUUUAUAUCUAUUUUCUUUUUUUUUAUCCUCUCUGUUUCUUUCUUUCUUUCUUUCUUUCUUUCUUUCUUUCUUUCUUUCUUUCUUUCUUUCUUUUCUUACUCCUCCCAAUUCAUUUAAUUUCUUUCUUUCUUGCUCUCACUUAUAUUACAGUCUUGAUUUCCUCUCUUCAUUGUUAUUCGUUUGCUUCUUUCUUUUUUCUUUCUUUCUUUCUUUCUUUCUUACUUUCUUUCUUUCUUUCUUGCUUGCUUUCUUUUUAGCUUUUUUCUUUUCUUACUCCUCCCAAUUCAUUUACCUUGAUUUCCUCUCUUCAUUGUUAUUCGUUUGCUUCUUUCUUUCUUUCUUUCUUUCUUUCUUUCUUUCUUUCUUUCUUUCUUUCUUUCUUUCUUUCUAA